AUGUUUCGGGCUGAACCACAACAGAAUUAUCUCUGUACGAGGAAAGUACGGGAACGUAGUUACAAGAAGCAUAGGGACGCUUUAGCUUCCAUCAAACCAUCUAUCGAUACAACAGCACCAAAAGAUUAUCCACAUUUAAGGACAAAUGCAAAGAAGAAACAAAUGCAAAAAGAAAGGGGAGAUCAAAUCGGAAAGGAUAAUCGGAUUCUUGUCGAUAAGAUGACUGAAAUAAUGGGAAAGCAUUAUUUGGACAAUAAGAAUCAAAAUUACAAAUUUAUAGGUAGUUUAAAUAGCGACUUGAGAAAGAGGGAAGCAAAAAAGAUCACUGAGGAAAAUUCAGCUAUUUUAAAGAGAAUCCAGAACAGACAACCUGUAUAUAAUCAUCUCCACUGGGAGCAGGAAUGGACUAAGAGUAGAAAAUGGAUGGCCGAUAAGUCAGGGAAUCUUCAACCUGUGAACCAAGGUAGUUUCACCUCUUUGAAUAGAUCCAAGGACAACAUUAAAGGAAUGGAGGUUGUAGAAGAAAAUGAAGCAUUUAGUGACGACGAAGAAAACUAUCGAGAACAUGAUUUUGAGGAAUUUGAGAACAAUGACACUUCUAUUACAAGUGAGACAAAGCCAGAAAACAACAAACAAGACGAAAACGGUAAGCAAGAAGUUCCUUCUCGAAAUGUUGAUGAGGGUGGAAACUCUGUUUCCCCUAUUCCGGUUCUUGACAGUAGCUCGACCAAGCAAGAAAUGACCACCACAGCAACAAACGACUCUUCUCAAGCAACACCCGCUCCACCACAACCUACGGAACAUGAAACAGGUGAAGGAGACACAAGUUUCAACGCCUCCUUCAGCUACGACGAAGAAGCUUCUAAUACAGAAGCACCACAGCAUUGA